UCUCCAAAGAAAUCUCUAUUAAUAUUAAACCAUUCAAAUAAUAAGGACCACCGACCACAUAUGAUCAUUUCUCCUCAAAUGGCUUCCUCUUCUGCAUAUCUUCUCCUCCUUUUCUCCACCUUCAUUCUUCUCCUACCAAGUCACAAACAAGCAUGUUUCACCUCCAUUUUCAGCUUCGGCGACUCUCUCGCCGACACCGGAAACCUCCUCUUCCUCGUCAACAACACUCACCGUGUCAAUUACCUUCCCUACGGCCAAACUUUCUUCCAUCACCCUACCGGCAGAUUCUCCGAUGGCCGUCUUGUUAUUGACUUCCUAGCGGAGGCGAUUGGAUUGCCAUUAGUGCCACCGUACUUGGCCAGCGGCGAUAGCCGGAACUUUGAGAAAGGUGCCAACUUUGCGGUGGCUGGAGCAACCGCAUUGAACAGUGACUUCUUUGAGAAGAAUAAAAUAUAUUUAGAUUUGAACAAAUUCUCUUUGGACGUGCAAGUUGAGUUGUUCAAACAGCUACUACCUUCCAUUUGCUCAACUACUUCAGAAUGUGAUGAGAAGUUAAGCAGUGCACUGUUCUUAAUGGGAGAAAUUGGAGGCAAUGACUACAACCACCCAUUUUUCCAAGGAAGAAGCUUGGAAGAAGUAGUAACAUUUGUACCUUUAGUGAUCAAUGCUAUAAGCAGAGCCAUUACUGAAGUGAUUGAGCUUGGAGCAAGAACAUUGUUGGUGCCUGGGAACUUACCAAUUGGAUGUAGCUCAGCCUACCUUACUUUGUUUCAUGUCUCUAAUAAUGAAAGCUAUGAUCAACAAACAGGUUGCAUCAAUUGGUUGAAUGAGUUCUCACAAUACCACAAUUAGCUUCUCAUCAAUGAGCUACAGCUUCUGAGGAAACUGCAUCCUCAUGUCACCAUCAUCUAUGCUGAUUAUUUUGAGGCCCUUAUGCCUGUUUUCCGAUCACCUGAAAAACAUGGGUUUGGAAGUUUCCCUCUAAGAGCUUGUUGUGGAGGUGAAGGUUUGUAUAGCUACAACUCAUCUUGUGAAUGUGGAGAGUUGGGAUCAACAGUGUGCAUGGAGCCAUCAAACUAUGUUACUUGGGAUGGAGUACAUUUAACUGAAGCUGGUUACAAGCACAUUGCCACUGGUCUGGUUCAAGGUAAGUUUACUAAUCCUCCCUUCGCUCAAACAUGCUCCACUGAAACAAUUGUAAAGCUUCUUGAUUUUAAUCAAUAUUCAUCUUAGGAAAUUAAGUUCAUGUGCAUGUUUUCAUUUUUAUGGAAAAAAAAAAUGUAAUGAGGAUGAUCUUAAUAAGUGUUGUAAGUUGUACUGUGAAUGAUUAAUAUGUCACAGUUGCUUGAAAGACAUAGUUAAUAAACAUUAGUAUUUGAGAAUACUGAAAUAACAGUGGUCAUGACUCGUGCUCA